AGUUCUUGGCUCGGAACAUCUCUCGGGGAGUGACUCUUCGAGGCGCCCACGCUUUCUUCCUGUGGCAUGAAUUCUGGAGGAGACCUGCCGGACUUCUCGUUGGGAACGACCCAGCUCGAGUUCCGCCACACCUUCCUCAGCGUGCCAGAGGAACCAGCGCGUCACGGCUCCGCGAGACUGCGCUCACGCAGUGAGCCGGUGGGUGAGAGCGAGCCAUUGGAGGCCGCCGUGGAGUUUCUUCAUAGCCUCCUCCAGUGGCAAGCCUACGCUUCUUCGCUUCCCCGGCGACUCCAGCGCUUCGGGCAGCCCGAGGAGGAGAGGAGCAGCAGUGACGGGAGUCAGGCUGGAGAGGAGCGAUCUAGCGAUGGCGAUGUUGGUAAUCCAGGGGAGCCGUGCCCCGACGAGGCGGCGCCCCUGGAGAGCAUCGGAAGUCUCGGGCAUCCCGACCUCUGUCGUUCGGCUUGUGUCUUCGUGAUCGCCAGCACCUGCUACAACGGCGCGAACUGCCCCUACUGCCACCUGCCCCAUGAUGAGAAGAGGGCCAAGCUGGACAAGCGGCAGCGGGGCUGGCUGCGGGAACUCUCGGAAGCCCAGCUGCUGCCCAUCCUGUUGCAGCACCUCAGAGCGCGGGCAGAGAACAAGGGCUUCGCGCAGCAGGCAGAUGGUCUCAUCAGAUUGCUGGCUGAGCGGGUCGGCGCCCUGCCGGCGGCUUCGGGAGCAGAUUCCGUGCUGCUGCCCAAGGAGCUGCGGAACCUGGACAGGGCGCUGAGCCGCAUGACGUUCUUCCAACUCUUGCGCUUGGCCCCGCAGGAAGGGGGCUACGGUCAGCAGAUCGCCCAAGCAGUUCUUGAUCUUCGUAGCGCCAUGUGAAGCCGAUCUUAGGUGCAAGGGGAAGCCGCAUCUCCAUGCCCUUUGGC